AUGUGCGGGCGCGACCGCUUAGUCCUCGAGGCUGAUCACAUGGACGAACCUUUCGUGCCUUCGUGGUUUGCAGAGCGGGGGCUACGUUUUCGACACGUUACAACGGGCCCGUCAUUCACGAUCUGUGUCGAACUUGGCGGUUCCGUCUAUGCGUUUGGCGACAAUGCGAAGGGCCAGCUCGGUAUUGGGCGUCAGCAACCACGCGUGCAGGUACCCGAAAAACUCCGGUUGCCCGAACGUUGUUUCGCAGCGAGUAGUGCCGGGAGUUCGCAUAGUAUGAUUCUCUCUGCCACGGGCAUUGCCUACGGUACCGGAAAUCGUCUGUCGGGAAGGCUGGCUCUAGAACUUGGGGAAGGAAAACAACCGAAGUUUAUCUGGAGUUGGCAUCAGAAUCAAGCCCCGUGGGACGAAGAAGUCGAGGAUGCAGAGGAGCCACAAGCCGACGGGCAGGCUGAUGGAGGCGAAGAGGGUGAAGAAGAAGAGGACGCAGGGCAAGAAGAAGAUACAGGUGGCGACGAGGCUGCUGGAGGUAAGCAGGAUGUGGGACAGCAAUUGAUUAUGGAUCUGCAAAAGGAGCUCAAGGCAGAACCCAUAGAGCACAAGGAGCAUCAGUUGCGAAAAAUGGAGAAUCGACUCUCAGACGAGUACUCAGGGUUCAUGGACGAGAUUUAUUCCAAUUACGACGAAGAAGAGGGACCCUACCGAACGUACUCAAAAUCGAAGCAAACGUUCGAACAGAAAUUAGUUCGGCUGUACAAGUAUUUGGAUCUUUCGAAUCGUGAGCCCAAGCUUCUCGAGCGCACAAGGCUUCAUCCGGAGGUGCAGGACAGGCUGUUAUUUUUCCAGCAGUUGAUCAAUAUUUUGCAGUCGCAGCCAGCCUAUCUGGCUCGACUGGGAAGCCGCACUCUCCCGAACUUGGAUUCCCUGUGGAUGCGCGUUGUGAAGUGCGUGUUCCAAGAUCGCGGAAAUAUUAGGGUCCGCACAAUCUUCAAGGCGCUUAUCCGGUUAGUCAUGAAGACCGAGGUAGAGUCCGCAAUAAAAUUCGAGGAAAUUUUUACGCCGAUGUCCAAGACCGCUCGUCUCUUCGAGUUUCUGGCCUGCGCGAAGACGAAUUGGCUGCCGUCAGCUGAUGCCGAGUACGUGAGCGUGGAGGGACAAAAUCAUGACUCAUCUUCGGCGGCAGCUGGUGGUGGAGGCGAGGAUGGAGAGAGUGUAGGCGCACAGUACGGUCGCUGCUUCUCUCGCAUCCUGGACUUUGGAAACUCGCGUUCAUUGUUAUCCUUGCUUUUUGCUUAUACAAUGCAGCGACAAAAUUCUCAAAAACUAGACAUAUUUUGGGCUCUCGAUGCUGAGGGGACGGCGGUCGUUCGUACACAAGCAGCUGCAGACGAAAUGAAGGAGCUUUCUGGAUUCGGACUGGGUGCACAUUUAGCGUUACGGAGACUUGGAGGUGAUUCAAUCGAUCUUGUAAUUUACUUGCGCUAUUUAUUUUUUCCAAAUCCAAUCACUAGCUACUUGCUUCUUUAACGAUUUAGAAAUAACUUCUCUGUAGUUGUCCUCUUCUAAGUUACGCGCAGCAGGAAGCUUCAGGGGCCGAUGCAUUACCAGGCGACGAGGAUGAGAAGCGAGCGCUGUACCAGCAGAUGGGGCGCUUAUUGUCCGAGUUCUUUCGUGACAGUUUUUUCCCCGAAUUCUUCAAUAAGAUUCACACUUUGUUGAGCCGCGACCUCUCGUGCAUACUGCAAAGGGCCUAUUUUUUGAUUGAGGAUCAGGAGUGCGCCUUUCAUUUGACGACCAAGAGUUCGGGUAAGGCUAUGCCGGACGAGAAAAUCAGUCUACCAAUGGUGAAUCUGGUCCUGGGCCAUUACUUGGCGCCACUGCUCAUGGCAGCAGAAUCGUUCUUGACGCCGUCAGUGCGCUUGACACUACGAAAAAAGUGUCGCGUCUUGGCAGAGGAGCGACUGCGGCUGCGUCGAGACCAGCCGCGAAAAGACGCGAUUAUCUUAAGACCCUGUUCUGGGGGAAAUCCCCUUUACUUUUUGAGAUGAAGCAUCGUGCGUUUGGAAAUGCAUUUAAUGAGAGCCAAUGAUAAAGCGUGCUGUAGUACGAUGAGGCAAAUCAGUCCUCUCGGAUGGGUUCCACUAUGGAGGUCUAAGUGUAGCCGCAAAGGCGCAGCUACUCCAGAAACAGUUCUACCAGAAUGCGGCAGUACUAGGGCAAGUGCUGCAGCGCACUGUGACACAGCAGUGGAAUGCGGGACAGAAUCUCAUGCAAGGCAUAAGCUUGAAGCAGAUUCUGCCUAAAUGCCUUGCAGUCAUCACCCGCGCCGUUGCCGGUCCGAAGCAAUUGUUGGAUACCACAGAAACGGAGCUGACGAUCGAUCUCUACGCGCGUCACUUCAAUCCCCGCCUCUCCUACGUCCAGGCAUCAACAAGCGAUAUCCUGAAGUUGUGUAACGUUUUCUGGACGUGUUUCUGGCAGUCUGACUACGACCCAGACCACGCGGAUCAAACGGAUGUCAGGACAGAUCCCGGGAACGACGUGUUGGAACGCGUACUAGACGCGAUUAUGCCACUCCCGCCCAUCGGCGCUUUGCGGCAUGAUAUUCGUGAUUUUACCGUUUACUUAUAAAUAUAUCAUAUUUAUGAUUCAGGGCGGGACGGCCCCCCCUCCCCCCCCUGUGGUCUGGUCUGUGGUGGCGCGCGCGCGCGCUUUUCCGCGCAGAUUUUUCGCGGAUUCUAGUGGUGGAAGGCGUCAAAACUUGGCGCGGGCCUCCCCUUGGGCCUCUCAGCGUUUUCCCCCCGGACCUCCUGGCCUCUGCUGACCCUCGCAGGCGGGAGGUCUCCGGGGUGAAAGGCCGCCGAAGGCGGCCACGGUCGCAAGAGCAAGCAAGCCGAUGACCAAGGGCCCGGAGGGUGCAGGCGGCACGGCUGCGGCGGCGAAGCAUAUCUGACGCGCUUAGGGAACAGGCAGGCGCCUGGGCGGGGGCGCAGGCGGUCCCUUUGGCCCCUUUUGAAGCCUCCCACCUACAUCGGAGGCCUGUAGGCAACAGCCAGGCAGCUGGAAGGGAGCGGAGGAGGGGGGUCACUUGGCCCCCUUUUGAGGCCUUCCACCCCCGGCAGACGCCUUGAAAAGGGGCCCGGGGCGCACGGUGCCCCCCGUAAGGUGGGCCGAACGCCGUAGAGCUGUCCACAUUAGUCCCACUGCGUAACCCGCCAUCUAUAAGGGUGACCCUCUUGCUCUCCCUUGACGCGUGACGCGUGACGCGACGCGUCACGCAUGACCCAGACCCGUGACGCGUGACGCGACGCGUCACGCGUGACCCAUGACGCGGCACGCGCGACCCACGGAUCGAUCAGUGACCCGCAGAUCGAGACGCAAUCCGUGGAUUGCUCAGCGAUCCGUGGAUUGGUCAGUGAUCCGCGGAUUGGUCAGCGAUCCGCAGAUUGGUCAGCGAUCCGCAGCUUGGUCAGUGAUCCGCGGAUUGGUCAGUGAUCCGCGGAUUGCUCAGCGAUCCGGGGCUUGAUCAGUGAUCCGAGGAUUGAUCAGUGAUCCGGGGAUUACUCAGUGAUCCGCGGACUGAUCAGUGAUCCGCGGAUUGAUCAAAGACCCGCAAACUGGUCCGCGAUCCGUGGACUGAUCGAAGACCCACGGAUCGGCCAGUGAUCCGUGGAUUGAUCGGCGGCCCGUGGAUUGAUCAGCGACCCGGGGGCUGAUGUUGAUCAGUGACCCACGCACGGAUCGCCAAAGGAACCCCGGAUCCAUCAAGGGCCCGCGGCCGCGGAUGGAUCAAGGGCCCGCGGAUCGAUCAAAGACCCACGGAUCGGCCAAGGAUCCACGAAUCGGCCAAGGAUUCCCGUAUCGUUCAAAGAUGGAUCCACAGACCAGCCAAGACCGAUCACGGGGCCGGGGAUUGAUCAAGAUCCCGCGGAGCGAUCAAAGAUCCACGGAUCGACCAAAAGUCCGCGGAUCGAUCAAAAGCCCGCGGAUCGAUCAAAGGCCCGCGGAUCGAUCAAAGAAGAACCAGCCCCAGAUCGCUCAAAGAUCCACGGACCACGCGCCGGCCGCCGCGUGUGUGACACGUGAGGCACAUCGCGCGAAUUAGUUGCGUGCUGCGUCACGCUUGAAAUUGAGCCCAGGCGUCUCGUCUCCCCCCCGAGGCACUCGGCGUCACGCGGUGGGCGUCACGCGUCACGAACAGCUCUGCGGCGUUCCGUAAGUCCCACGGUGCCCCCCCGCGCUAGGGGGGGGGCACCGGGCGCGAAGAAGUCAAACAGUUACUGUGGCCUUUAUUGAUGUUGCUGAAUGCGUAGAACUUUCGUUGUAUUGUGACUUAAAGCCUAUUAGCAUCUCUCAUGUUCCGGAGAGAAACGGCCGGCUAAGUACAAAAUGUUGGAGAGCAGACUUUGGAGUCGUGAGACCAUCAUGAUUGUGGAGCAAACCGACAGUAUUCACAAUAUCAUCGUAGAUCACCGCUUUAUUCUGCAUUUUCGUUUGCUCUCAGCGGAGGACCAGGGUCUGCCCGGUCCGGCGCCGAUGACAUGGCGCGAACGGUUUUUGCUUGAAGACAAAAAGCUAGUUCUCGCAAAGGAUCAGAAAGUAGCAUUGCUAAACCGAAUGCGCGAAGUCUGUUUCUGCCGAGAGUCACAGGUCUCGAUGCCACGAUUUCUCACUGGCCGGAAUCAGAAGGCGCGGUCGGGGGUGCGGUAUCUGAAAGUGUUUCAGGCUGCGUCAGCUGAUUUACCUAGCGCAGUAGCACAGGAAUUGAAAUCGGCGCUUCCGCCAGGCAUGGACGCCUUCAGGUUUCUGGAGCUGCUCCUUGAAGAUAUAUCGGAAGUGAAGUCGCGAGAUUUUUUAUCACUCAAAUACGAGCUCGAGGAAAAGCAGCGUGUGUAUCAAUCUUUAGUCCCACCGAAUUUCGAAAUAGCAAAUCGCCUGGAGACGGGCAAGAAAGUUCUAGACGCCCUAAAGAUGGAGGGAAUCAAGGAGGACGAGUUCGUCACCUUUGUGAUGGAGGGCCUGCAAGCGCGGGAGGAGCACUUCGUCUACCUACAGCAAGUCGAGAACGGAAAGCAAAAAGUGAAUACUCAGCGCGAGGAUUACCGUGAACUGAUGGGGGUGCUCGCUUCAGAAACCCAAGCGCUGGCGGAGUUUGCUAGCACAGGUCUAAAGAAAUGAGUGUUUGGAUGUUGAACAACGAGUAGUUGAGCCAUCUACUUAGUUACUCGCAAAGAUGGACGAAAUGAUCUGUUGGAAAUAGACGUUUUUGUUGUUGUUCAGGACUCGUUCGUUGAGUCGGGAGUUUAACACUUUUUCAGUCAUCAUCACUUCGAAUACAACAAUAGGUGACAUCGCGAAAGCCAUCCGCCAGAAGGGCAUGGAUUACAACUUAAAGUUAAAGAUUCCAGCGGUUUCCAAUCGAAUGAAGAAGGAAGUAGGGGCUGCCCUUCCUGCGUUUCGGCAGUACAGUAUGGGCUAUCUACGAUCGAAGAAGGUCGUCGUUCGUCUCGGCGAACACAUAUCGCCAGAUCUUAUACGGUACUUUUCUGGUAUCUAAUUAUUGAUUGUUCUUUGGCAGCCUAGAGUGGGGACUUCUUCAUCUGUGUACGACAUUCUUAACAAGGUCCUAAUUUAAGCUCUAAUAUGACGUUGAGGUACUCAGAGUCUUACUUUCAUCUCUUCUUGUCGACGUAUCUACUCUCAGGAACCUCUUUCUCGAGAUCCACCAAGUGUCUGAGUAUCUGGGAAAGACGGUUUACAAUCAGUUUGAAAUCGUCGUUCUGCAUAAAGACGAGAAGGGUGCUCGCCGGAACAUGCUAUCCUUCUCUGUCACGAUGGAGGAGCUAGACUUGAUGCGCGAAUCAAGUGGCAAACUGGCGAAAAUGGAGUGGGCCGACCGCUUUAUCACACUUCAAUGUAACAAGCUGCUCCAGAUGUUAGCGAGAAUAUGAGAACGAAUAGUCCUCGUGCAUAGUAAGUUUGUAAGAAUAAUGAUAGAAGAUUUAAUGCUUGCUUAGUGUGCCAUCUGGAUAUGCUGCGUAAGUCCAUUUUUUACCGCAGUUAAAAACGUGGUGGCGGUCCAAAAGACCGCUGGAACCUUAAGGUAUGUAAACGCGUUUAAAAACCAGACCAUGGUUACGAGCAUCUCGUUCGAAGAAGAAAACUAGAUUCCCUUCCGAUUCGUCGUGGUUGCUAAACUUCUGCAAGGAUUUAUAUUAUGGCAAACUCGAAUACCUCGAUUUACGUUUACGUGAACAUUCAGUCUACUAGCAUUUUCUCUUUUCCAUCUGCGUGUGUCAUUUCGGACUAGAUGGGACAAUCAGAUUUGAUUCUUUUUUCCAAGGCUUGUGCUUGUCUGUAAAGUAAUAAGCCACUGGGUCCGGGAAGCCAGUGAGACGAAAGUGAGACAGAAUACAAGAAAUUCCUAUUUUCAAACACGCACACCGGCUGAGGCGACAGUAUACUUACCCAGCCGUGCGGCUUGCUGUUCACGAAAAAGUGGAAGUGCUAAUUUCUUGGCUCAUCAAUGAAUCGACUCGGCUUCGCCAGAAAAUUAAUAUGUAUUUAGCGAUGCACUCACCUCUUCCUUCCGGUGAGACCUAUGGUGGCAGUAGUGUGGA